AUAAACCUCACUAAGCUCUUCGAAAUUAUUCAUUAGCUAAUUAUUUACUUGAUAUAUAUAAGUAUAAAUAUAGUAAUAUUUCAUAUAUAUAUAUAUAUAUAUCUAAAUGGCUUCUACCACCUCAUCACUAUUCAUGGCCAUACUGUGUUUGGCUCUUGUAAUACUCUUCAUUGGGAGUAGCAGAGCUGAACUUUCAUCCCCUGAUUUUUACUCAAAAACUUGCCCUAAACUCUUCCCCACAGUAAAAUCCAAGGUGCAGUCGGCUAUUGCCAAGGAGACCCGGAUGGGUGCCUCUCUCCUCCGCUUGUUCUUCCACGAUUGCUUUGUCAAUGGAUGUGAUGGAUCAGUGCUUCUGGACGACACAUCUAAUUUCGUGGGCGAGAAAACUGCUAAUGCUAAUCGAAACUCAGCAAGAGGUUUUGAUGUCGUUGAUGACAUCAAAUCCGCAGUGGAGAGUGUGUGUCCUGGUGUCGUUUCAUGUGCUGAUAUAUUGGCCAUUACUGCUAGAGACUCCGUUACAAUUCUGGGGGGUCCAAAUUGGGAAGUGAAAUUAGGAAGAAGGGACGCGAAAACCACUAGCAGAGCAGCUGCAAACAAUGGCAUUCCACAGCAAUCUUUCAACUUAAACAGGCUGCUCUCUAGAUUCAAUGCUCUUGGCCUUUCCAACACUGACUUGGUUGCUCUAUCUGGAGCCCAUACAAUUGGGUUAGCAAGAUGCACAUCAUUCAGGGCUCACAUAUACAACGAGAGCAACAUCGAUGGUUCAUUCGCAAGAACAAGGCAAGCCAAUUGCCCAAGAACCACUGGCACUGGUGACAACAAUUUGGCCCCACUCGAUCUCCAAACCCCGAAAGCCUUCGAUAACAAGUAUUUCCAAAACCUCAUUCAGAAGAAAGGACUACUCCACUCUGACCAAGAGCUUUUCAAUAGUGGAUCAGCUGACUCCAUUGUCAGAUCCUAUGUCAAUAGCCAGACCAGCUUCUUCUCUGAUUUUGCCUCAGCCAUGGUUAAGAUGGGUGACAUCAGCCCCCUCACUGGAUCCAAUGGAGAGAUAAGAAAAAAUUGCAGAAGAGCUAAUUAAUAAGAUAAACAACUCAAUAAUGAAUAAGCUUUCCUAUGUACGUGUACGUUGUGUGUUUAUUAAUUUUCCAUAUUAAAGGGUUCUGAUGGUAGGUUAUGGGUUUGGUUUCAUAUAGAUAUGAUUAUUAAUUCUCUAUGUAAUUCUUCAAACUUUACAGUGUUGGAUUUUGUGCUCUAAAUAAAACUCAUUUCACUAUAAUCAGAUUUGCUAAUUAAUAAAGAUCAAAUAUUAUUUUA